AUGACUUACAACGUUGAUAUACUAGAAAUAGAUGAGCUUGAUGGUAUUCUAACUCAUGCUAUUUUAUCAAACAUUGUCGAUCUUGGAACUCUUAUUAAUAGACAAAUUAAAUCAUUUCAAAUCAACGAUCGUACAAUAAGUUUACAUAAUGCUCAACAUUUUUGCACGCUACUCUCGAAUCUACAAUUUAAUCUCAAAAAAGUUUCGUUUUGUGUCUAUGAUUCAUUUCAUGUAUCGAACAGAGGAACUUCACAUCUUCUGGAUGCUAAACAUAGAUGUACAGAGUAUAUUGUUAAUCUUAUUCGUUUGCUUGUUGAUCAUCUGCAACAACUUGUUUCACUUCUUAUAAAUUUUGACUAUUGGUUUUCAUCGAAAUCAUCUUGUUUUCCUCAUCUGAUGCGACGGCAACUACAUGAACGGCCACUUAGUCGACCUUAUCGACUGCGAUUUUCUCGCGGGAUUCAAAUAUGGCUCUAA